CUUCCGUGGAUAGUUCAGGUGAAAGCCUUCCGGAGUGUAGUCGCAAGCAAGUACGGUAGAACCUUUGUGCUCGUUGUGCAACAGAGACCCACCAACGUCCAAAAUGAAGUGCGCCACCAUCUUUACCGUGCUGGCCGUGCUCGGCGUCAGCUCCCUGGCGGUCGCCCAGACGCACAACUACUUCUUCGGCUCCCGCGUGCCUUACGACACCCUCGUCAACCAGACGACCGCCAUCCAAACCUCGUCGUUUCUGCGCGUCAAAACGGUCGACGUGGAGUACCCGCUGAAGGGACAGCGUGGACGUAACAUUACCGCCAUCUACGUGUAUGACCGGCUCGGCGGAGGCCGGGGUGGAUUCGCCAGCAUCAUUGGCGGCGGCAUCGGCCAGAACUACACCCGGAUCCAUCUGAAGACGCAGCGCGGCAAUGGCAUGAACUUCCAGGUGGAAAUCUACGGUCGAUAAGUUUCCCCCGACGUGCCGUGCAGCUGAACCGAACCCUUUUCCGUGCAACAGUGUCUCGUCCCACAUUAAGCAUACAGAUAAAAGUUCUCCGUUUAUGAUAAACUUGAA